AACAAACAGCUUCACACUCACUUGCAAAACUGUGGAAGCAAAGAGAGAAAAAUAAAAGAUGGAGCCCAAAAGAGAAGAAGGGAAGUCUUACGUGAAGAGAGGUUUGUGGAAACCUGAAGAAGACAUGAUAUUAAGAAGCUAUGUUGAGACUCAUGGAGAAGGAAACUGGGCAGACAUUUCUCGUAGAUCCGGGUUGAAGAGAGGAGGAAAAAGCUGUAGAUGGUCGUUGAUCGCCGGUCGCCUUCCAGGUCGCACUGACAACGAAGUCAAGAACUACUGGAAUACUCAUUUGAACAAGAAGUCUAAUUCCCGGAAACAGAAUGCACCUGAAUCAAUCGGCGCCACUCCUUUCACCGAUAAGCCAGUUAUGUCUACAGAACUGAGAAGAAGCCAUGGAGAAGAAGGAGAAGGACAAGAGGAGAGCAAUACCUGGAUGGAGGAGACCAACCACUUUGGCUAUGACGUCCACGUAGGAUCUCCCUUGCCACUUAUUUCCCACUACCCAGACAACACUCUUGUGUUUGACCCAUGUUUUGCCUUUACCGAUUUCUUUCCUCUGCUUUAGGACUUUCCUGGUUUUAUCUCGAGGGAUAAAUUCUUGCAUAGACU